AUGGCAAAUAAUCGAAAUCUUAACGAGGAUAUUAGCCUCGAGGUUGCCGAGUAUCUAGAGGUCGAAGACCUCCCUAGCAUGUCGCAGACGUGUAGACUUUGGUGUGAUGUAUCAAGGCAAUAUGCACGUUUCUGGACCAAUGCCACAAAAGCCAUUCCAUUCGCUCAUUAUUCACGACUUGCGCCUCUAUCCGAGCAAGGACUGGACGAAAUUCGCAAAGCAGCUGUUCGAACAGGAAACUCUCGCCGCGAAUGGCGUAGUGCCGAAAAUGUGCAACCCAAGUCUGUCUUCCGCCUGCAUGAGAAUCUUAAGCGAGCGCACUUUGUGCAAGGGACAAAAUGGAUGUUGGUCCUGCCGUUAAAGUGGGACGAAAUCCCAUCGGAUCAGUUGACCGUAUCGGUCAAGUGCUACGAUCUUACGACUGGUCGUUUGGCAGGAAGCGUCGACAUGACUCUGGACACAACAGUCCAGGCAUUUGCCCCGUCAUGGCAUACGAGCGUUGCUGUUUCUUCGACAGAGAUCAUUGUCGGUAUUGAGCGGUAUUGCAAAUGGAGUCAAUACUCCGUGUACUACCUUCAACGAAUCCGGUUAUCACAAUCCUCGGAAACCGACGAAAUCACAUUCACAGCCGAGGCCAUAUCAGCAAUAUCCGACAUGGAUUGUUCCAUGGGUUUGUCCCGUGAUGGAAGAUUCCUCUCGCUUGACCAAGGCGGUGGUGGCUCUCUGUUCGUAUACAAGACGGAUGGUUCAAUGGUCCCAAGGGAGUUUACAACCGAAUCCGAUGAGACUAGAUAUGUUUCCUUCCACGGCGACACGCUAAUGGUGAUGGGAGACAAGACAUUGAACGUAGUCGGCAUACACCUCCCGUCUCUACUUAAAGACUGGCCCGAAGAAAUUGACGAGGAUAACACCAUCACGCUUCCGAACUCUAACCUUGGCACCCCGGAAGGGAAACAUACGCUCAUCCGCCGCGAACUCGACAUGUUAAGCUUGUACAGAACGGCUAUUCUCGACUCUUCGGAUCAAACCGACGGUAGCUCGACUGAUACAUCUCGCCUUGAAAUUGCAUACAUGAAGGAAGACUGUUGUUUUGUCCUCCCUGUCAUGACGGGACCUCCUGCUCAAGAUUCGGUGGAGAAGAGUGCUAACACUCUCCUUCAAAACGUUGUAGUAGCAGGAGCGGAGACGAAAGUGGCGACGGUCCCUCAGACGGCUAGGCUGCUUAGAUCAGAGGGGUAUCCUUGCCAGCGCACGCUUACUUGGUUCGACGAGGACCCAAAUACCAAGGUUCGAAAGCACUCAAUACACGUGAUUGGCGUGGACAAGCCUGGAGCGGUCAGAUCGCUCAUCUCACCUCCAAACUUCAACGAGAUGGAUUAUGCGACGAUUAAAUGGAUCGACGAAGCUUCAGGGCUGAUCGUAAUGAGAGACGAACGCAAGGACGUUGUAGAUGCGCCCAUACUUGUAUUAUGGGUUUGA